AUGACAGCUGCUUCUGCCGCCGAACACAACAACCCUCAUCGGCUCCGUUGCCACGAGUUCAUAUUAUUACCCAUCAUCUUCUGCUUAUGGAUAAUAAGUAUGAUCGUGUUAAUCAGCAACGCCGUCAGCGAGCUCGGAAUGAAUUCCCCCGAGUUCCGCCUCCACUCCGCCACCAUGUCCCUUCCCAAUGCAUCUGCCUCCGAAUUCACCGCCACGUGGGACGUGACGGUCGUCGCGUUCAAUCCCAAUCACAAGGUCAACAUCUCCUACGACAGCCUGCAGGCCACGAUCUUCUACGUAACAGACCCCUUCGCGGACGCAGUCUUGCUCGCGACAAAGCCGGUGCCCCCGCCCUCGUUUCUGACCGCAAAGGCCCAGACCACUCACCGUUUCAGAGUCGAAACAGUGUCGGCGUACGUAGGUGAUGAAGUGGCCAGAGAAAUCUCAGAAGGGAGAGCUCAAUUGGAGCAAAUUUCAUGA